AUUUCAUCAUAUGUGGGUAUGAACUACGAAACAUUAGUUCUUUGGAGGAGACUGUAAGGAAAGUCGAGGCGAUGAGAGGAGAUCCUAUCAGGCCGGAUUUACUGGUUAUUCUGGUCGACGAUUCGACGACUGAUUUGAUCACCUACGGGAGCAAAUUAUGGAGAAAGCUGCAGAAUGGAAACAAGAAGGAAUAUUGA